UCGCCCAUCCCUAGCUCACACGUACACACAAUUCAGUCGUGAUUUCUUUUAUUUGUUUAAAAUUAUUGCUAAAAACUAAAACAAAAAAGGUUCUUAAAAAGUUGGCCAACAUGUUGAGUGCUUGUGUUAAUGUUUGCGAACCUUUACCCUAAACGGAGGCCAGCGCGGGCCAUUGUUCUCUGCACCUGGUAGUAAUCGCGAGUGUAGUGUGGAAGAGAGUGGGAGAGCAGAGAGCACUCCAAAGAAUCAACUCUACAAUAAAUUAAAUAAAAGUCAAACCACAUACUCAAUUACCCAACAUGGAGCGGCGCGUGAAGCUUAAGACAAUUAAUCCGCACAUCACGUGUAAAAUCUGUGGCGGAUAUUUCAUUGAUGCCACAACUGUGACGGAGUGUCUGCACACAUUUUGCAAGAGCUGCCUGGUGAAGCACCUCGAGGAAAAGAAAACCUGCCCCACCUGCGAUAACAUCAUACACCAAUCUCAUCCCCUGCAAUACAUCAGUUUCGAUCGCACCAUGCAGGACAUUGUGUACAAACUGGUGCCGAAACUGCAAGAAGAUGAAUCGCGCAGGGAGCGAGACUUUUACAAAAGUAGAAACAUGCCAUGCCCGAAGGAUGUCACGCAAAAUCAUGAAGAUGACAAUGAAAAGGUCAUGGAUGCUCAUGCCGAAUCCGACUUCCAUCGUCUGGACGAGCAGGUCAACGUGUGCCUAGAGUGUAUAAGCAAUAACUUUAAGAAUCUGCAAAGGCGCUUCAUACGCUGCAGCUCCCAGGCGACGAUAACGCAUCUCAAAAAGCUGGUGGCCAAGAAAAUCCUCAAUGGGAUCGAAAAGUAUCGCGAGAUUGACAUUUUGUGCAACGAGGAGCUGCUGGGCAAAGAUCAUACGCUCAAGUUUGUCUAUGUCACACGAUGGCGUUUCAGAGAUCCUCCGCUUCGGCUGCAGUUUCGUCCCCGAGUUGAUCUCUAACAACUGCGAGGGCUGCUGUUUUUAGUAUAAUGCUACAACAAAUGAUCUAUUUUUAUAAUUUAUUGACAAAGCGUAAAUAUCGUAAUUAGGAGAGUCCCCCAACCCUAGUGUUAGUCAGCCCCCGGCCCCUCCCCCACAUCUAUGUAUGCGUAUGUGUAAAUGUGCAUGUAUAAAGUCGUAGUCUAAUAGUUAUCCCCCUCUCCAACAUCCUCCUAGGCGUAACUACUCCUUUAACUUUAUCCUUUAUCGUGUGUCCCCCCAUUUGUUGCUAAUGUCGCCUCUGAUUUAAUCAACCCUCUAUAUAUUUGCAAUAUUAUCAUGUUCUCCUUUUUUUUAGUUUCAAUGUAUACACAAAUAUAUUUAUUAUUUUAAUGUACAAACACACACACGAUUGUAAAUAAACUUUUAAUUAUGUCGAAA